AUGGCCAUGACAAUGAGAUCGACACGCCAUGCAUCCAAGCUGGCUCAGACUGCCCGCUUGGCUCUCACCAACUCCCGCAGAUACUCGACGGCCGAGCCAGAUCUCAAGACCGCUCUGAAGGCGGUUAUUCCCGCCAAACGCGAGCUGUUCAAGCAGGUCAAGGAGCGUAGCGAUGAGGUGAUUGGUGAGGUCAAGGUCGCCAACGUCAUUGGCGGCAUGCGCGGUCUCAAAUCCAUGCUCUGGGAGGGUUCGGUGCUGGAUCCUGAAGAAGGUAUCCGAUUCCACGGCAAGACCAUCAAGGACUGCCAAAAGGAGCUCCCCAAGGGCACAUCAGGCACCGAGAUGCUCCCCGAGGCCAUGUUUUGGCUGCUCUUGACGGGCCAGGUCCCCUCGACCAACCAGGUCCGCGCGUUCUCGCGAGAGCUGGCCGAGCAGUCCCACCUGCCGCAGCAUAUUUUGGACCUGAUCAAGUCCUUCCCCCGGUCCAUGCAUCCCAUGACCCAGCUGUCCAUUGCCGUGGCGGCCCUCAACACCGAGUCCAAGUUCGCCAAGGCCUACGAGAAGGGCCUCAGCAAGGCCGACUACUGGGAGCCCACCUUUGACGACAGCAUCUCGCUGCUGGCCAAGAUCCCGCGAGUCGCGGCGCUGGUCUUCCGCCCGGACGAGGUGGACCAGGUUGGUACCCAGGCUCUGGACGCUAGCCAGGACUGGUCGUACAACUUCGCCGAGCUCCUGGGCAAGGGCGGCAAGGAGAACCAGGACUUCCACGACCUGCUGCGUCUCUACCUGGCGCUUCAUGGCGACCACGAGGGAGGCAACGUCUCCGCGCACGCCACCCACCUGGUCGGCAGCGCGCUCAGCGAUCCCUUCCUGAGCUACAGUGCAGGUCUGCUGGGUCUCGCCGGUCCACUGCACGGUCUCGCCGCGCAGGAGGUCCUGCGCUGGAUCCUGGCCAUGCAGGACAAGAUCGGCACCAAGUUUACUGACGAUGACGUGCGCAACUACCUUUGGGAUACGCUCAAGUCGGGUCGUGUGGUGCCCGGGUACGGCCACGGCGUCCUGCGCAAGCCCGACCCGCGCUUCCAGGCGCUCAUGGACUUUGCCGCGACCCGGCCGGACGUCCUGGCCAACCCUGUGUUCCAGCUCGUCAAGAAGAACUCGGAGAUUGCGCCUGCUGUGUUGACCGAACACGGAAAGACCAAGAACCCCCACCCGAAUGUGGACGCCGCCUCCGGAGUCCUCUUCUACCACUACGGCUUCCAGCAGCCUCUAUACUACACCGUCACCUUUGGCGUCAGCCGUGCUUUGGGACCAUUGGUGCAGCUCAUCUGGGACCGGGCCUUGGGCUUACCCAUCGAGCGACCCAAGAGUAUCAAUCUGCUGGGAUUGAAGAAGUGA